CCCUUCCCCAAACAAUUAUGCUCGGAAAGACCAUUUCCACUGUCGAUGAUCGAUAGUCCAAUCAUAGCAGUAUCCUCUCUUGAACUUUCGCUCUGUCGAUCUCCGUGUGAUCACCUCAAAUAUUACAUGAAUUGCCUUCAUCUUUCCUUGAUUAUUUGAUCUUGUGCUCAUUAAUUACAACCCCAUGAGCUGCUUCACUUGAGACUACUGCAUCUCUGCUUCAGUCACAAAAUCGAGUCACUUACUCAAAAGCUACUCAUCCAUACCUAUAGUUGGCCGACAUGCCCUCACCCCAAGAAAUCCAACACUCCGCCGAGAGCGUCGUUGCCGAAAGUAUAGGACCGUCUGAACCUUCGACCACGCCUGUCUUUGCUUCAGACGCUCAUUUGAACCCUGGAGAGACGAAGGAAGGAUAUCAGCUUGAGGGAAUCAGGGCGGGAUCCAAACCCAUUAUAGAAGAUGGGUCCGGAAUAGGUGGUGAUCCGGAGAAAUCCGGUGCAACUACUCUUUCUGCACCAACUAAGGCACCAGGCGCACCCCCGGAUGGGGGUGUUAUGGCAUGGACGGUAGUUCUGGGCGCUUUCUGUGGGCUGUUUGUCAGUUUUGGUUGGAUUAAUUGUAUUGGCGUUUUUCUCGACUACUACAAAUCGCAUCAAUUAAGUGACUUGCCCACUAGCACAGUAACGUGGAUUACUUCGUUGGAAAUUUUUAUGAUGUUUUUUGGGGGUCCCAUUGUAGGAAUUUUCUUCGACAAUUUCGGUCCUCGCUGGAUUCUGAUAGCAGGCACAUUCUUCCACGUCUUUGGACUGAUGAUGGUUUCGAUUUCGAAGGAGUACUACCAAUUCAUCCUUGCCCAAGGCGUCUGCAGCCCCAUCGGAACAAGUGCAAUCUUCCAUGGUUGUCUCACCUCCGUAAGCACCUGGUUUCGGCGUCGUCGUGCGCUGGCCCUAGGUGUCACAACUUGUGGCUCAAGCGUUGGGGGAGUGAUUUUCCCAAUCAUGGUAGCUCGGCUCAUUCCCAGAGUAGGAUUCGGCUGGACAAUGAGAAUCUGCGGAUUCCUGAGUCUAGGGCUUCUAAUCAUCGCCAACGUUACCGUGCAAUCGAGACUGCAGCAUACCCGGAAACCAUUCCGACCAUUGGAUUUUGUGCGUCCACUCCGCGAGCUACCUUUCGUGCUUACCACUGCUGCUACCUUUUGUGUAUACUGGGGCCUAUUUCUGCCGUUCGCUUUCAUCCCGACUCAAGCCGAAAGAUACGGCAUGUCAGCUUAUCUAGCGUCGUAUUUGAUCCCGAUUCUUAACGGAGCAAGUAUUAUCGGCCGUCUUGUACCGCCCUAUCUGGCAGAUCUUUUCGGCAGGUUCAACCUAAUGAUCCUUACAUCACUAUUCUCGGUCAUCAUUGUUCUCGCUCUAUGGCUUCCGUCGCGGAGCAAUGCUCCCGCAAUCGUAUUCACUUCUCUUUACGGUUUCAGCUCCGGUGCUGCUGUUUCUCUUGCGCCAGCGCUAGUUGCGCAAAUCUCGGAUCUGCGGGAGAUCGGUGUUCGGAGUGGAACUUAUUUCUGUAUUGUGUCUUUUGCUGCUUUGACGGGGAUGCCGAUUGCAGGCUCUCUGUUACCUGAUCCUUUGCAUGGGUCAUAUACGAAGUUGGAGAUUUUCUGCGGUGUGGUGAUGUUUGGUGGUGUUGUGUUUUAUCUCUUGGCCAGGGGGAGGAUUAGUGGCUGGGGACUCAUGCAUAAAGUCUAGGGGACGGUUAAUGAGUAACAGACAUUGUUUAGGCGUUUUUAGCAGAGACAGCUGAAUCUAAUUGUCUAGGUGGC